CACUCAUUUCCCUCCGAGCUCAGUAACGUGUGUGUGACAAAGCAGCCCUGAGAGAGACGGAAAAGAGGGGAGGCAAAAAGCAGAGCAGCACGGCAGAAGACAUGUGGGUGUGGAUCGUGUGUCUGCUCACCGCGGCUCCGGCCCUGGCUGAACCCCUGUGCAGUAAAGAGGUCUGUGAUAACUAUGGUUAUAAAGUCAGGAUCAGUAUUAAAACUGCACUCGGAGACAAAGCUUAUGAGUGGAAUGAGAGUGAGAUGUUUCUUUUCAGAGCCACAGUGGCGUUUGCCAUGAGGAGAUACACCAGUGAUGAGACCUAUAACGUCUCAGACAUAGUGGUGUGUAACAAGACAGCAAGGGUGUCUUUUUGGUUCCUGGUGACGUCACCGGCCAACACUGCCCAGCUGGUGCCCCGGGGACAGGUGGAGGCAGCAGUCAGGCUGUCGAGAAAUCGCAUAAACAGCGCCUUCCUCCUCACGGACCAGACGCUGCAGUUUGUGGGGAUCCUGCCAACGCUGGCUCCGCCCAUCAGCUAUGACACGCCCCCCUGGCUCAUCGUCUUCGGGGUGGUGAUGGGUGUGGUGUGUGCUGGCAUUAUUACACUGCUGCUCUCUACCCUGCUCAAGAGAACACGAUCUAAGAAAAAUCUCCUGGAGACUGAGGAAGAGGAGGACAGGAGAGGGAGCAUCACCGCGAAUGGAAGACUGUGCGAGAGUCUGAGAGAGAAAGACCCCGGCCGAGGACACCCCGACGACGUCCACCUGUCAAAGCUCUGAACUCAUUUAGCUGUAACGCGGCGGAAAGCGCGCGGUCCUCCGACACUGCGCGAGCGCGUCACGCGCGGGAGAUUGAAGCUGGUGCGCGGCACGCGUUCACGUGGUCCGGGAGCAGGAUGAGUCAUCACUCGACCGUCUAACGGAAGAAACCGGACCGUCCUUAUUAAACUCCAAACGUUAUUGAGUUAUGCAAGCUGUUUAAACCCAAUCACCUCCUUAAACCUGUAGUUUCUCGUAUGGAUGCAUGAUUAUCUCCUUAUGAAAUGAAUGAAUAAAAAGCACUCACUGGUGA